AUGGCGGCCACGGAGGAUGAGCGGCCGGCGGGGAGCGGAGAGGGAGAGCGGUUGGAUUUCCUGCGAGACCGGCACGUGCGGUUCUUCCAGCGCUGCCUCCAGGUUUUGCCUGAGCGCUACUCUUCUCUGGAGACCAGCAGGUUGACUAUUGCGUUUUUCGCACUCUCUGGGCUGGAUAUGUUGGACUCCUUAGAUGUGGUGAACAAGGAUGAUAUAAUAGAGUGGAUUUACUCCCUGCAGGUCCUUCCCACAGAAGACAGAUCAAAUCUAAAUCGCUGUGGUUUCCGAGGCUCUUCCUACCUGGGUAUUCCAUUCAAUCCAUCAAAGAAUCCUGGAACUGCUCAUCCUUACGACAGUGGCCACAUAGCAAUGACCUACACUGGCCUUUCAUGCCUAGUUAUUCUUGGAGAUGACCUAAGCCGGGUAAAUAAAGAAGCUUGCUUAGCAGGCUUGAGAGCCCUUCAGCUAGAAGAUGGAAGUUUUUGUGCAGUACCUGAAGGCAGUGAAAAUGACAUGCGAUUUGUAUACUGUGCUUCCUGUAUCUGCUAUAUGCUCAACAACUGGUCUGGCAUGGACAUGAAAAAGGCUAUCAACUACAUUAGAAGAAGCAUGUCCUAUGACAAUGGGUUGGCGCAGGGAGCAGGACUUGAAUCUCAUGGAGGAUCAACUUUUUGUGGCAUUGCAUCACUGUGCCUGAUGGGUAAACUAGAAGAAGUUUUUUCAGAAAAAGAAUUGAACCGGAUAAAAAGGUGGUGUAUAAUGAGACAACAGAACGGUUAUCAUGGAAGGCCUAAUAAGCCUGUUGACACCUGUUACUCUUUUUGGGUUGGAGCAACUCUAAAGCUUCUGAAAAUUUUCCAGUAUACUAACUUUGAGAAAAAUAGAAAUUACAUCUUAUCAACUCAAGAUCGCCUCGUUGGGGGAUUUGCCAAGUGGCCAGAUAGUCAUCCAGACGCUUUGCAUGCAUACUUUGGAAUUUGUGGCCUGUCACUAAUGGAGGAAAGUGGCAUCUGUAAGGUUCAUCCUGCCCUGAACGUAAGCACACGGACUUCUGAGCGCCUUCGAGAUCUCCAUCAGAGCUGGAAAACCAAGGACUCUAAAGAGUGCUCAGAGAAUGUACACAUCUCCACGUGACUAACUUUAGACUGGGGGGCGGUGGGGAGGGUUUGUAGCCUAACUGUAGCUCAAGGUUUAAAGCCAUGGAUAACCAAGUGUGCUCUUUUUUUAAGAGGUAGUUUUACAGUCGAAUCUUGUGCCGAUGUCACUUUGGGAUAUGCUCUUGAGCCAGUAACCUUUGUGCUAGGUUUCAAGAAAAUCUUUGUUGAAGUUUGAACCACAGUGGACUUCGUCAUGGUUCUUAAAUGUUUAUACUGUAUUUCUAAGUUCUUUGAGGCAAAUUAACUGUAUGUAUGUAGGUUAUCUUAAAAAAAAAAAAAACUUCAGUACAGAAUUGUAUCAUAUUAUAAAAUGGACACAAAUCUUCAAAAGAAGUUUACAGUUCACAUAGCAUUGGUAAUCUUCGGGUGAGCACUUAGUGAUCAUUUAAAAAGCUUGACUGCUUAUGGUGGAACAUUGCUUUAAUGAAUUAAGUAUCUGGGGUUAUUCUUUGAAAACAGAUGAUCCCAUAAUUUUUAAAAGAAGAGUGACUUAUUUUGUCUUAUUCUUAAGUAAAAUGUGCCAAUUAAACUUUUGUGGCCUAUACAAAUGAAAUUAACUUCAUAGCAAGAAUGAAUAGGCUUAACUAAUACAGUAAUUUCCUAAAGGGAGAUUGUUAUAAAAAGACUAUUAUGUAACUGAGAAGAAAGUAAUUUAACUGUAUGUGAUUGUGAAUGGGAAAGUUUUGUGCUGUGUGGGUCAUCUAUUUUAGAUGUUGCUGGGGUAAAUAACAGUUAUGUUUGAUUUUAAUCUCAAAUCAUUAGUCGCUUUUUUUUUUUCCUCCUUUCUCCAGGGAAAGCCGUCUUACCUACAGGGAAAAACAUUUAGUGGUUUUGUUUCUUUUUCUGAGAUAAAUUUUAAACUGUAUUUUUAUAACUGAAUUAUUUUUAGCCAUUUGGUUUUUUUGUUGUUGUUGC